GAGAGAGAGAGAGAGAGAGAGAGAAGAAGAGAAGAGAAGAGAAGAGAAGAGAAGAGAAGAGAAGAGAAGAGAAAAGAAAAGAGGGGAAAGAAAAGAAAGAAGUUUUCCCCCAUGGCUGGACUGAGCCUCAUGGCAUCGAUCCUGACUGGAAUCACGUGCGGGUUCACUCGGGCAGAACCUUGCGACUUGUUCCCUUUCCCUGUGCUCGAGGGCGCAGAGCCUCCUCCCAAGGAAGCGCACGGCCAAAUCAUCCUAAGUUUCCUGCCGGAGGACGAGUACUGGACGGCCGAACUGAAUGUCACCGACAGCGACUCCGUGUGUGUAGUGAAGCUGCUGGACAAAAUCACAUCCGACGGGAUAGAGGAGGAGUCCAUAGUGACGAAAGGCAAGGAUGGCAAGCAGAACGAGAGCUGCCACCCGCCACUUUUCCACAGGAACUCUUGGACGGACGUAUUGCUUGCUGUAGAACAGGAAGCCGGUGCUGGGAAUCCCUCCACUGGGAAUCAGUCCAGUGAGAAUCUCUCGGGCUUCCUGACUUUGGUGCUGGCACAGAGUGCGGAGCGGAAGGUCAUACGCGUCACGGACUGCCCGCUCAGGUCGAAUUCUUUUACCUUAAAUUGGACGACAUCUUACAGGAUAUCGUUUACCGUCGACUGCCAACACAAAGAGUGCGCCGCCGGCCACCGCAUAGCGUCCUCCUCCAACGCCACCGCAUUCUACUACAGAAGCAAGUUUCCUUCGGACAUCGUGCGAGUGACGCUGACCAUCUUCGCCGCUGGGAAUGCCAUGGAAGAAUCCUUCGAAGAGUCCUGGCACGUGGACGAGAGCUACCAAGUUAACGAAUGGCACAAGAUAUCCUUCAGGAGGUUUCUGCGAGGCCUGGAGAUGAUUUUGCCCGGGAAACCUCCUAGGACCAUUCGAAAUACAAGCGCCAUCUUCCCGGACUUCUGCAUCACUGAGGUCAUUGUGGACGGCAAUGGCGUCGUGACCUGGUGUACCCCCGAUGAGUCUCAACCAUCGGCGCAAUGUAAGUUGCAGAUUGCGAUGAACAUGGUUCGCCAGUGCGCCGCCGGCCACCGCAUAGCGUCCUCCUCCAACGCCACCGCAUUCUACUACAGAAGCAAGUUUCCUUCGGACAUCGUGCGAGUGACGCUGACCAUCUUCGCCGCUGGGAAUGCCAUGGAAGAAUCCUUCGAAGAGUCCUGGCACGUGGACGAGAGCUACCAAGUUAACGAAUGGCACAAGAUAUCCUUCAGGAGGUUUCUGCGAGGCCUGGAGAUGAUUUUGCCCGGGAAACCUCCUAGGACCAUUCGAAAUACAAGCGCCAUCUUCCCGGACUUCUGCAUCACUGAGGUCAUUGUGGACGGCAAUGGCGUCGUGACCUGGUGUACCCCCGAUGAGUCUCAACCAUCGGCGCAAUACAUGGCUAUGGUGUUGUCUGCUGUCUUGAGCUUCGCUGCUGCCAACGCCGUCUGCCUCUGCGGACGACUUCGCAGGAAAUGGAGGUCCAGGGACGCUAAUGGCAAGAAUUACGUCGUCCGUUAUCGAAGAAGUCGUAGUUGCAGUGAGGAGUCGUCGCACUACAUGCCUGCACCUUCAUUGCCACUGUCAUCCCCUCCUCCGCUGCCACACACGUAUCCGCCUCCACUGCCCCUCAAGGAUCCGCCUCCACUGCCACUCGAGGAUCUACCUCCACUGCCCCUCAGGGGUCCACCUCCAAUGCCUCUCAAGGAUCCGCCUCUAUUGCCGCUCGAGGAUGCGCCACCACUGCCACUCGAGGAUCCGCCUCCACUGCCACUCGAGGAUCCGCCUCUACUGUCACACAAGGUUCUACCUCCACCACCCCUCAAGGUUCUACCUCCACUGCCCCUCAAGGUUCAACUUCCACUGCCCCUCAAGGAUCCGCCUCAAUUGCCACUCGAGGAUGCGCCACCACUGCCAAUCGAGAAUGUGCCUCUACUGUCACACAAGGUUCUACCUCCACCACCACUCAAGGUUCUACCUCCACUGCCCCUCAAGGUUCAACUUCCACUGCCCCUCAAGGAUCCGCCUCCAUUGCCGCUCGAGGAUGCGCCACCACUGCCACUCGAGGAUCCGCCUCCACUGCUACUCGAGGAUCCGCCUCUACUGUCACACAAGGUUCUACCUCCACCACCCCUCAAGGUUCUACCUCCACUGCCCCUCAAGGUUCAAUUUCCACUGCCCCUCAAGGAUCCGCAUCCAUUGCCACUCGAGGAUGCGCCACCACUGCCACUCGAGGAUGCGCCUCCACUGCCACUCGAGGAUGCGCCUCCAUUGCCACUCGAGGAUGCGCCUCCACUGCCACUAGAGGAUCCGCCUCUACUGUCACACAAGGUUCUACCUCCACUGCCCCUCAAGGUUCCACUUCCACUGCCCCUCAAGCGUCCACCUCCACUGCCACUUCCUCCGCCGUUAGCCUAGCCACCUCCACCGCCGUUCCCUCGGACACCACCGACCCGGCCCUUGUCCCUCCACCUCCUUUGCUCGCCAGCUCCACCACGGCCCUGCUCCCUCUCCUCGCCGAGCUCUCCGAUUCCACCUCCCUCCACUUUCUC